GUGGCAACUGGAUAUAUUCCGACGAAGCUUGCGGGUUCUCACUGGACAUAUUUGUCAGGGAGACGCCUGCAUAUUUUGUGCAUUGAAGACAAUAUUUGCCCAGUUUCAACACAGUCGGGAAAAAGCACUUCCCUCGGAUAACAUAAGGCAUGCUCUUGCAGAAAGCUUCAAAGACGAGCAGCGAUUUCAACUUGGCCUUAUGGAUGACGCUGCAGAGUGCUUCGAAAAUAUCCUGGAGCGGAUUCAUUUUCACAUAGUGCCAAGCAGAGAUGCAGACAUGUGUACCUCCAGGUCUUGUAUCACUCACCAGAAGUUUGCGAUGACUCUUUAUGAACAGUGCGUGUGUCGCAGCUGCGGAGCAUCGUCAGACCCUCUGCCUUUUACAGAAUUUGUGCGGUACAUUUCGACCACAGCCCUAUGCAAUGAAGUUGAAAGAAUGGUGGAAAGGCAUGAACGCUUUAAACCUGAAAUGUUUGCCGAAUUGCUACAAGCAGCAAAUACAACAGAUGACUAUAGGAAAUGUCCUAGUAACUGUGGCCAAAAAAUAAAAAUUCGCCGUGUUUUAAUGAAUUGCCCAGAGAUUGUCACAGUUGGUUUAGUCUGGGACUCGGAGCAUUCCGACUUGACUGAAGACGUUGUUCGAAAUCUAGCAACACAACUUUAUCUUCCUGGGCUUUUUUAUAGAGUUACUGAUGAAAAUGCCAAAAAUAGUGAACUUCACCUUGUUGGUGUGAUCUGCUAUACCAGCCGUCAUUAUUGUGCCUUUGCUUUUCAUACGAAAAGUUCCAAAUGGGUAUUUUUCGAUGAUGCAAAUGUGAAAGAGAUUGGAACUAGAUGGAAAGAUGUUGUCUCCAAGUGUAUCCGAUGCCACUUUCAGCCACUGCUUUUGUUUUACGCAAACCCAGAUGGCACAGCAGUUUCUACUGAAGACGCACUCAGGCAGGUUGUCAACUGGUCACAUUACAAGUCUGUUGCAGAAAAUAUGGGAUGUGAAAAGCCCACAGUUUCAAAGUUAGAUAAUUCAAAAGAAAAUGGAUUUGGUGACCAGGCAAAACAGAGAGAAAAUCAGAAAUUUCAAACCAGUACUAUUUCAUCAUUUAACCGGAGCCACGCUCAGACGAGUGGAGGCAGAGGACCAGUUAAAUUAAGUCAUAUUGAUCAAAGGGAAAAGAUAAAAGACAUUUCCAGAGAAUGUGCUCUAAAAGCUAUUGAACAGAAAAACUUACUUUCUUCACAAAGGAAAGAUUUAGAGAAGGGACAAAGAAAAGAUUUAGGCCGACAUAGAGAAUUGGUUGAAGAAGAUCUUUCACAUUUCCAGUCUGGAUCACCUCCUGCCACAAACGGCUUUAGACAACAUGGGAAUCCACAUCUGUAUCAUAGUCAAGGAAAAGGACCAUGUAAACAUGACCGAGUGACCUGCCAGAGUCGAGCUUCUGCACAAGUAAGUUCAAGUAAAUCCCAGGUUCUUGUUCCAGGAGAGAAAAUAACCGGCAAAGUGAGGAGUGACAGUGGCCCUGGAUAUGAUACAGAUGGCAGCCAAGAUUCUAGGGAUAAAGGAAGCAGCUGUCAUAGCAGCAGUAAAAGUCGGAACCGAGGUUGGAAACCUAUGAGAGAAACAUUAAAUGUUGACAGUAUUUUUAAUGAAAGUGAAAAAAGACAGCAUAGUCCAAGACAUAAAUCAAGCAUUGGUAACAAACCUAAAGGGAGCAAAGAUCAGAGUUUCAAUAAUUGGCCAAAAGAGAAUCCAAAGCAAAAAGGCUUAAUGACCAUCUAUGAAGAUGAAACAAAGCAGGAAGUAGGAAGCAGAAGUUCCCUGGAAUCUAAUGGAAAAGGGACAGAGAAAAAUAAAGGCCUCGCGGACAGCAAAGUUUAUGGUGAUAACUGGCAGAUGCAAAGGACGGAGUCUGGAUACGAAAGCAGCGAUCACAUCAGUAAUGGAUCUGCUAAUUUGGACUCCCCUGUUAUCGACGGAAAUGGCACAGCAGUGGAGAUCAGUGGUGUUAAAGAAACAGUAUUCUUCAGUGACCAGAUUAAGACAAACAGCCUGAAACAUGAAGGUGUGGACUGUAACUCUCUUCAGAGCAAAAACCACUUAGAAGGCUUUAGAAAAGAACUUAAGAAUUGGGAAGCAGGCUAUAAAUCUCAUGAGUUCCACCCAGAAUCACAUCUCCAAAUAAAAAAUAGUUUGAUAAAAAGGUCACAUGUUCAUGAAACCAAUGGAAAGUUACUUCCUCCACCCAGUCCACAAACACUCAAGGACCAUAGUGCAAGAGAAACUAUCCAUCAGGCAGAUGAACAGAAGGCUGAUAAAACAGAUGAAUGCAGAUUUUCUGAGAGGCUUAAUAUAGAAAAUUCUGAGAGAAGAGGUUUGCCUUUUCAUGGUGAUAACUCUGCUUCUGGGAAGAGAGUGAACAGCAGUGAAAUAGUCUUACCAUCUUCAUUGCGGUCUUCACACAUGAGAACUGUUGGGUUAAAGCCAGAAAUUGCCCCCCUCUUCCAGCAACAAAAUAUGAUGGAACAAUGUUACUCUGAGAACUCUCAGUCCAAGGAACAUACAGUUCAGCCAACCUGCAGAUCUGAUGGGUGUCAGAUGCCAAAACCUUUUUGCCAGAAUCUACCACCCCCGUUGCCACCAAAGAAAUAUGCUGUAACUAGUGUGCUACAGUCAGAGAAAAAUGAAUCUACAGCUGAUGUCAAUCUUACAGAGGUGUUUCAAGCUAAUUCUUCUAGCCUUCCGAAGCACAGUUUAAGUAUAGCUUCAGAACCAAAUUUAGAAAUGAGUACAUAUGUGAAUGAUGAAAGGCGGAAAGGAACAUUUCAAGUGAAAGAAUGUGUUGAUAACACAUCAGACUACCCAUCCAGCUCUUCAGCUAAUGAUUUUCAGGCAAACUCAGGUGCAAUUAUUGAUGCAUGUUGCCAACCAGAACUAGACUCUAGUUCUCCCAGUACAAAUGAGACAAUAUCAUUAACCACCUAUUUUUCAGUUGAUAGCUGCAUGACUGACACAUACAGAUUGAAGUAUCAUCAGAGACCUAAGCUCUGUUUUCCAGAAAGCAGCGGCUUUUGUAAUGAUAAUUCAGUAUCUCAGAGUGACAGAGAGGUAGGGCCUGUGUUACAUAAUAGUCUUGGUUCAGGCUAUCCUUCUGAGCAAAGAUGUAAACCUAGCAUACACUGUAAUAGAUAAAUGAUGGAACUGACAAGUUUAUACUUCUCAGAGGCCAUUUAAAGGAACUUACUGACCAAACCUAGUGAUAGAAAAUCAAAACAGAUAGCAUUUUUAAAGUCAUCGAUCAAUUUAUGUGUGUGUAUGUAUAAUUUAUAUAAAGUUUUAUGCUGAUCAGUUUAUUGGUAUUUUAGAAGUCCCUUUGAAUAGUCUUAGCAUGCCUUGAAAAAUAAAAAACCGGGGUACAUAACAAUUCAUUUGCUAUAUGCUACGGUUGAAUAAAAAUUAAAUUUGUCCCUCUGUUGUGUGGCUACUAACCAGUAUUAAAUAAACCAGUACAUGUGUAUAGAUUGUAAACUAUGCUAAUGGAAAAAUACCAAGUGAUACAUAGUUUAGUCAAAGAACUAUUUGUUUUAUGAAGACGCACUUUCUAAUGGGGAACCAACAGGGUUCCACCCAUUUAUUUCUGACUUCUGUGAUAGUCUGCUAUGUAUGAUUCCACUAAGUGUCUUUAAAAAAAAAAAAAUGAUCCUUGAAUUUGAUAGCAUUUGGGAAAAAAAUGCCUUAAUGAUUAAGUUUUUCAAUUAAAUCUCCAAAGUCAGAUUGAAUUUAACUUUGCUCCUAGUUAACAUGAAUUAGGCCUUUGACUAUUAUGAGUCCAUAAAUACUACUCAGCUGUGUAAGCUAAAAAAAUGCUUAAACUUUGUUGUAUUUAUUUAUCUUGUUACUUUUUUUAAAAUUUUAUAUGAAAUGUGAAUGGUUUUUAUUUUGUUUUACGUUGGGCUGCUAACAACCAGUGUUAGGAAUUAACCUAGGGCCCUCUUAUUGGAAAUGUCACUGUAACUGCCUCUGUUUUCUCUGCUAUAAUCUUGUCAACCCAUUGUGCUGAUUUUCACAUUUUUGAAUCUGAAAAUCUAUUUAGGUUUCCAGAUGAAAUUUCUGCCUUUCACAUAGGUUUAAUUUUAAUUAAGCCUUUAAUGUUAA